AAAUACCCGUCCGGCGUCCCUACUGCAUGUUUGUGGCAAUGGAAGUUAAAACUGACCCAUACUGAUUGCACAUCAAAAGCUUCGCACUUGGAAAAACAGUUUGUCCCACUAGUACAUGUAUUUAUUACGUGUCUCUAGAUAAUUGUACUAGCGGUGUAACUAUUAGUCUAUUUACUUGAAGCGACUUACUUCGGACGGGCAGACAUUUCAAUCACUGCACUUAUAGGAUUCGUUUUCAGCCUCUCCAGAUAUUAAACAGAUUCAUGUAACUCUUUUCACUCCGUCUCUCGUCUGUCACGAUGGAGUAUAUAUUUCAUGAGAAGCAAGAGGGGUCACUAUGCGCCCAGCACUGCCUCAAUGCACUGCUUCAAGGUGCCUACUUCAAUGCCGUCGACCUGGCCAAUAUUGGACAGCAGCUGGAUGAAGCAGAACGAUCUCGUAUGGCAGAGGGUGGCGUCCAUUCUGCUGAGUACAACCAGUUUGUGGCUCGUGGCAGCAGCAAUGUCGACGAUAGUGGAUUCUUCUCUGUGCAGGUAAUUGAGAAUGCCGUGAGUGCAUUCAACCUUCGUCUUGUUCGAUUCGACAGUCCACAAGCUACAGCAGCGCGGACGUCACCAGCGGCCGGUCAGGCGUUCAUUUGCAACUUGAUGGAACAUUGGCUGACCAUCCGAAAGCUGGGUAACCAGUGGUUCAAUCUCAACUCAUUCCUCACUGGUCCGUUGUUGCUGACUGAUACCUAUCUGUCUAUGUACCUGGAGCAGCUGAGAGUCGAAGGCUACUCUAUAUUUGUAGUGGAAGGAGAUCUGCCAUCGUGUGCUGCUAACGACAUUCUGCUUCAGCGGCCAGCUGUGCAACAUGCUCCUCCAGCACACAUCAAUGCAUCGUCAGCCACUGACGAUCAGAAGUCUGGCCGCCAGCAGCGUGGAGGGGCACAUCAGCUGGAGAAAGAUGACCUGCAGCGCGCACUGCAGUUGAGUCUACAGCAGGCAGCAGAUCCGAGCGCCGCCGGAGGCUUCCAAGCAUUGCCACAGCGUGAUCGUCAACCUGCAGGAGACAGUAGUGAUGAAGAAUCCGAGCUGCUGCGCCGUACGUUGGCUGAAAGCCAGCGGGCGGUGGGAUUCUCUGCUGGCGACGGCGGCGGUGCAAGUGCGGAAGAUCUAAUGGUCAAGCGUGCAAUCGAGGCCAGCCUAGCUUCGACUAGUGCAAGUACAGUUGAGACUGGCGUGCCAGCACAGCAGCGUACACAACCAGCUGCCCCUGCCGCUGCAGCUCCCUCAUCUGAUGAGGUUCGCCGACGGAGGCUGGCGUUCUUUGACCGGCAAUCUGCUGGCGGCAGUGGACAAGCCGGCAAUGGUGGAGUAUCCAGUAACCAUGGUAACACACAGACACAAUCAGCGGCGCCGACUGCUGCUGCAGCAGCCCCCACCCCCGCCGCCACCGAUGGAGAGCGUGCAACACCACCGCUCAACGUGGAUGCCAUGACCGAAGAUGAAGCCCUCAGCUAUGCACUAGCAUUGUCUGCGCAAGCGCAGUCGUGAACAAAUGCAAACGAGCUUGAUUACAUUGUAGCUGUGUGCUGAUACUGUGAUUGCACAGUCCACACACAGACUAGCCCUGUGUGUGCUGAUACUGUGAUUGCAUAGUCCACACGCAGACUAGCCCUGUGUGUGCUGAUAGUGAUGAUGUGCAGGUAGCCCUACCCCAGGACAUACUUCAAACAGGCAUGGUGCAGGCGCUAUGCUGUCCUGCUACUUCGAAGUACUGUAUAUCACCUUAUUUUCGGUGUUGUAAAAUUUCGGUAAAAGCCAACCCCUGACCUUUCGGUGUAAGGAUAAAUUCGGUAUGCAUGGCACCAAAAAAAACAACGCUCUUGCACUAAUAUCUCCGCCAAGGCCAAAAGGCUCCACAUAUGCAUACAUGUUAUGUAUGUACAUACAAUGUACUACCGGUAUACCAGUAUACAAGUAAGUUACAACUACACAUGUAGUUGAUUUUUUUAAUUUGACAGUGAUUUUCAUGAUUUUUACAUAUUUUGGUAUUUCGGAAAAUUUAGGUGUAAUGUUUAAAUUAGGUGAUCCAGGACCAGUACCGAAGUUACCGAAAUUUAAAUUACACCGAAAUAAAGGUGUUAUACAGUAAUAAGUAGCAUGACCCCCCCCCCCCACACACACACAGACACACACACUUCGGUUAUUGUUUGUCUUAUCGUUCCACGGUGCCACGGCCGUGUUGUAUGGUCACGUGCAUGCUCCUAGUCGUGGGCUGAGCUUUCACACCAUAAAUUAUCAACAUCAGGUCGCCUUCAGAUUUUAUCAAUUAAAUUAAAUUACUCCAACAAAUCCUGAAAUUAUUGAAUGACGCUACAUUCCUUGCGAUCCACAUACAUACAUCCACAUACAUUUGUUUUACUUGAUUGGUUUUAUUUUCAAUCCACAUGUAAAGAUAGUCAUCAGCAGCUGAGAUAAUAUUGUUUCAAUUUGUUUGCAUAACAAACAUUGUACAUGUACUGGAGUGGUCCAGGGUGAGCUUUCAUUGCAGGUGGACAGAUAAGAGGGUUUCAGCCA